AUGGCCAUUCCUGUAUUCGUCGUAGAUGCUUUCACAGGCUGGGUUAUCUCCGCGAUGGGGAUGUAUACAUGGUUUAUACGCGGUGGAUUCCACAUCAUUCUUGGUGCCGGUAUCGAUCCAAACUUCCAGGCACUGACCAUCGCUUUCCAAAGCGUUGUCAAGAGCAGCGACGUCGGUACAGCUACCUCUACAUUCAGCUUCGUCAGAAAUCUUGCUACUAGCACAGGACUUAUUCUUGGCGAAGUAGUCUUCCAAAACGUCAUGCGUGGGCAAUAUAACAAGCUCAGUGGACUAUCAGGCCCUAGACUUACUGGCACAUUAGCCAAUGGAGGAGCGGCGUCUAGUGUUUUCACAGUCAACAAAUUACCCGCAGAUCAGAUCACUGCAGCACGGGACGCGUAUUAUAUGGAAAUUCGCGAUUUGUAG